UGUUCAUUAUAUACAUCUAUAUGAUGUAUUGUUACACCAUGUAGGAGCAAGUAUAGACCUAGUCUGUUCAUUAUAUAAAUCUAUAUGAUGUAUUGUUACACCUUGUAGGAGCAAGUAUAGACCUUGUCUGUUCAUUAUAUACAUCUACAUGAAAAAAAGGAAAAUUAUAUUAUUUUAUACUAAUACAAUUGCUCAUAGAAAGAUUUAGUUUAACAUGUAAUUCUCAAAGGCAGGGGUCUGAAUUAUUGCCUCCCAUGUUUUCAAUACUCCAGCACCCUCCCCUUGGGAGGAUAAUGACACUCAAAUGUUUUAUGAGAUUAGAGAACACAUUGGGUGGGAUCUUAGACCAUUCCUCCAUACAGAAUCUCUCCAGGUCCUUGAUUUCUUUUGUCUGCGCUUGUGGAUUGCCCUGUUCAAUUCAAACCACAGGUUUUCAAUGGAGUUCAAGUCCGAAGACUGAGAUAGCCAUUGAAAAUGUUGAUUUUGUGCCCAAUUAACCAUUUCUUUGUGGAUGUUGAUGUGUCUUGUUGGAAGAUCCACUUAUGGCCAAGUUUCAGCCUCUUAGCAGAGAGGAAACCAGGUUUUGGGCUAAAAUAUACUGGUAGUGGGUAAAGUUUAUUUAUUUAGUUAUUUUAUACAGUACUUUUUGCUCAUCUUUAUCAAGGGUAUCAAUAACUAUGUGCUUAUUUGAUAUCUAGUUAUUUGACUGAAUCAGAAAUACAGAUGUGUAGUAGAUGUAGAGUUUGUUUUAAAUUCUCAUACAAAAAUCUGAACUAAUCAAACAACACUUGUUGCUCUUUGUAUGUGUUGACAUAAUAUUCUUAUUUAAUGGAGAGGGAAAAAACGUUUCCCUAAACUGCUUUAUAAUAUUAUAAUUCAAUGAAGAAGAAGAAAAGUUUUCCCUCAACUGCGUUUCCUCCCUCCAGACAGCAGAUGGCGAUAUGUGUCUUUCAGGCGAUGUUUCUAGUGUGAUGUAUAAUCUAGUGGACGGAACGCUUCUUCAACAACUGCAGCCACCUCGGUAGCUCGCUAGACAACAAAGUCGGAACAUUCAAGUUCUUUAGACAAUUCCGUGGUUUAUUUGCCACUAUGAUUUAAACAUACCUAUGUGGAAACAACUAGCUACCCCAUUUAAUUGAAUAUUUACGUAAGUCAACUAGCUGGCUGGUUAAAUUAGCACUAUUCUAGUCGCUAAUGCUAACUAGCUAUUAUCCCCGACCAUGAGCUCACUAAGUUUAUCUCCUUCUGCUGAAGAAGAGGAGGUCUGCUGGACGGAGAAAGAAGUUCUCAUGAAAGAGGAGGAGGAAGAGGAGGCUGUUACAAUACAGAAACAAGUAGAGGGGGAGGCUGUUACAGUGAAAGAAGAAGAGAAAGACGCCUUCAGAGUGAAAGAGGAGGAAGAUUCGGUUUUUGGAGUGGAGGAUGAAGUGAAAGAAGAGGACGUUUUAGGAAUGAAGGAUGAGGAGGGGGAGAUUACUGUCACAUUAGAGGAGGAUGAAGAAGAGAAGACUGGAGAACUGAUUAACACCAGUAAAUACAGAGAGAGAUGGGACUAUCGUGGAUCCUCUGGGGAGCCUCAACAACAUCAUGAUGCUGACGAGGCAGAGAAAAGUCUCUCCAGAUCAGAACUCCUCAAGAAACACCAGCAAAGACCCACAGGGAAGAAAUCGAACUGCUGCUCUGACUGUGGGAAACAUUGCAAAUCUUCAUCAGAACUUAAAAUACACCAGCGAGUACACACAGGAGAGAAAUCAUAUAGCUGUAAUAAAUGUGGGAAGAGUAUUACUCCGUCAAGUAGCCUGGUAUCACACCAGAGAACACACACAGGAGAGAAACCUUAUAGCUGUGAUCAGUGUGGCAACAGUUUUACUAAUUCAAGAAACCUGCUAACACACCAGAGAACACACACAGGAGAGCACCAAUAUAGCUGUGAGCAUUGUGGAAAAAACUUUUCUCGGAUAGGACACCUUAAAGGACACCAGAGAACACACACAGGAGAGAAACCUUAUAGCUGUGAUCAAUGUGGCAAGAGUUUUACUAAGUCAAACAACCUGGUAUCACACCAGAGAACACACACAGGAGAGCAGCCAUAUAGCUGUAAGCAAUGUGGGAGGAGUUUUUCUCAGUCAAACAGCCUGGAUAGACACCAGAGAACACACACAGGAGAGAAGCCUUAUAGCUGUAAUCAGUGUGGGAAGAGUUUUACUCAGUCAAGCAACCUGGUAUCACACCAGAGAACACACACAGGAGAGCAGUCAUAUAGCUGAGAGCAAUGUGAUGAGAUACUCUCAUUCAAGUGGUCUGAUUAAACAUCAGAAAAUACAUGCAGGAGAUCCACAGAGUGUGGAAUGAUCUCCAACACCAGACCUAUAUAAAUCAAAUCACAUUUUAAUUGUCACAUACACUUGUUUAGCAGAUGUUAUUGCGGUUGUAGCAAAAUGCUUGUGUUUCUAGCUCCAACAGUCCAGUAAUAUCUAACAAGUACUUUCUAACAAUGCACACAAUCUAAAAGAAUGUAAUUAAGAAUAUAUAAAUAUUUGGACGAGUGAUGUCAGAGCGGCAUAGACUAAGAUACAGUAGAAUAGGAUAGAAUACAGUAUAUACAUAUGAGAUGAGCAA